UAAUCCCCAAUCUCUCCCCUGUGCGGGCAGUGUAUGAUCGGUGGCGUCGCGCAGUGUCGCCGCGUGACCACCACGAUGCCCCUGGCGCUUCCCAACCCUGGAGGUAAUCUUGAUCUUGGUCGCUGCCUUGCGCCGAUGAAGACUGGAGGCGACGCGAUCACCGGAGUCUUCGUGCCAGAUCCCGUGGCUUCUUUUUUGGUCGGCUAGGCGCACGGUGCCGGAACCCUUCCCAUUGCGGUGAGCGUGUAAGGUCGGUGAUGUUCCGCGUUGUCGCCGCAUUUCCAUCACCAUGCCCUUGGUGCGUCCCCUCCCCGCUCCCCUGCCCCAGAGGAACCCUAGCAAUGUCCGUGGACUUCGGUUGCUGGGACGGAGGCGCGCAUGAAAUAGCGCUCGUUCUGCCGUCGCCGGGUACCAGUAUCUCAGUGGGCGACGUGUUUCCGUUUCACUUUCACAUGUAAAGCUCGGUAUCCGGAAAGGUUGGUCUCGCCUGAACUUAAUUAGUCAUAAUGGGGUUCACAAUGAGGUUUUCACGUGGAAGUGCUUCUGAAUUUUUUAUGAAGUUCACUCUGAGUCAGUGUCUUUUGUGGAGCUUGUCAGUCUUAUAUUUCUAGUUUUUGAUAAAGUAUAUUAGCAAAUCUGCUAGUUAAAUCUUUCUCCUUUUCAUAAACUGUGCUUGCCAGAGUGUUCGGAGUGCAUCAACUUUGGAAAACAUUGACAAACAGAAGUGCAAAUUAAGCAUUCUUUUUCGAAAUGAAACUGAGCAAGAAAUAGUAUCAACAGAGAGAGAGAGAGAGAGAGAGAGAGAGCAAACAUGAUUAUGAGCAUCUUGUAGUAUUCACUGUGAGAUAGGACUCGUAUAGGUAUAUUUUGUGCAUCCUCAUGAUUCAAUUAUGCAUCCUAACAUCUAUUCUUGGUUGUUAUUUUUUAAUAUGCAUCCUAACAUCUAUUUAGAGACAGAAUCAUACUGGUUGAAUUGGCACUACGUGAAGGGUGUUUUAUUUAAUAAGCUGCCUAUGCCAGACUACAGAAUCCAAUCUGGAUGGAGGUACUUUUGAGGAACUCUUUUAUGGCAUUUGGUGUAAUAUAUUUUUCUUGAGACAUUUAAAAGAAAUGUAUUGAUGAUUUGAAUAUUUUUGUGAAUCGCAUCAAUUCCUCUUUGUACUUCUUUUGAAGCCCAUUCUUUAUUUUCCUUGUUUUCACAAUAUGUGCUUAAUGUUCCUCAUAACCUAGCACAGGUCCUUGUUAGUUCUUCAUUCUUGUUGUCUGCAAAGAGAUGUAGAUGCUUUGCUCGAAGCAAACCAUUGAGAAGGCAUCCCAUUUUCAAGGUCAAGUAGCACCAACAGUUUUAUGACUGAUGGUUUUUUUCCAUUUUGAACAACAGGAUCCACAGACAUCUACAAGUGCUAUAUGGAGAAGAUUCUCUAGCAAGGAGGAUUGUAUAUGAUUGUAUAUUUUGUAUCUAUCCUUAUAUGACCUAAAACUUAAUUGUUCUUGUCAUAGCGCAUGAUAAUUAUCCCUCGUCUGAAUUCAACCAAGUUGGAGAAUCUGUAUUUUGAUCAAAUUUGACUUACAUUGUCCGAUAAGCACUUCUUUUGUCAAAAAGUAAACAGUGUAUCUGCACAGUACAUUGUGGAUCCAUCGGAUGGUUAACCAAAUGUACAACUAAUUGAAACUUCUUAAAUCUUAAAGCAGGAUACUAAAUCUUAAAGUUGACAAGUCAAAAUUUAUGUUUUCUAGCUUUCAGGAUGCUACUAGAAUGAUAAGAAGUGACAUGGCAUGGAAUGAUCGUUGCCAUUUUGUGCCAUUCCUUUCAAACCUUGUUUGGAAGAUGCUGAGAUCGUUAAUCAAUAUUGCAUGUCUGCCAAACAUGAUGUCUUGGUCUGCAAAUAAAACUUGUCAUUUCUGCCUCAUUUAUAAUUGGGUUUUGAACUGAGUCUGGUGCAUAUAACUCCAGUCUGAUCUAUCAAUUGGAAUUGAAUCUGUUGCAUAUAAACUCCAAUUUGUUCUAUCAUAUUUAUCCCAAAUAGUUUUCCAGUACACUGAAGGUAUUUAAUAAUAACAUUUUCCUAUUGUUGUACUUUUAAUGCUAUUGACUUUGUUUGAUUUAAUAAUCAAUGUGAGUGCUUGAUUUCCAUUGAUGUUGUUUUGAACCUUUUAAUGCUAAUGUUUCUCAAUUUUCUUGUUGUUGAUAGCUCAGGAUUGCUAUUGAAUUUUGAUCAUCACAACAAUUUUUAUAUUCUUGUUGCAGAAUCUGGAAAAACUCAGUUUUGUUGCCAUUGUUAUAGUUAUCAUCCUGUUAUGAGGGAAGGAAGGAUGCAGAAAGAGAGCAUUAUGGAUAUAAAUACUGCUGGAAUAACUUUAUUUUUCCACAGGAAGGCCGAUGGUUCUCUUUAGAGGCAAUUUCCUUUCCUUCUGAUUGUACUACUCUGAUUAAUGAAAGUUCUUGUACAUGCAGCAAGUGCACUCAAAAUGAAAAACUUGUCUUGGCUGGCUUACUCCUGGCGUUCUUGUAAAUCCUAGAAUGGACAUUCAGAGUCGGCGAGAGAGCUCCAGUUGGCAAUAUGCAAUCGCCUUUGCGUCUUAGGUUGCCAGUAGGUAAGGAUAAUCUCCAGAAUUAAUUGCAGACAUUGCCUGGAGCUGGGCACGAAAACUCCAUUCACAAGAUGAAACAGCUUAUGAAGAAACAAUUGACACUGCAGCUAAGAUCUGGAGUGGCUCAUGGACUGGUUCUCAUCUGGCUCUGCGGACAUUGGUCACAUGUACAUGUUGGUAAAAGAGCAAGUAGCAGCAUCAUAGAACUUAAUAGGCGCCAUGAUCGUUCGGCUACUGCUGAGAUUAGAAUGUUUCCUCGCCAGUUUCUCCCAGCAAUGGAGAAACUAUAGGGGUCAUAGAAAGUAAUAUUGCAUCUUUUUACAAGGCAUUCAAAAUUUGACACUGGCCUUUCUUUUUUAACAGUGACAAGUGUAUAGAUCCGGAAGACAGAAGCUAUCUCGGAGCAGGAAGACUCGAGAGAUGCAUAUGAAUGUAGCUUGACAGCUGAAUAUGACCGCAUCUGCUGCUGAUCCAUGGCGAGGCAAGCGACACUUACAAUAAUGAUCCGCUGAAUCUCCCAGCGGCAGCUGUUCUAACUUCAUCAAUGAACCUUGUUACGCAAGCGUCAUGAAGCUUAUUCAAAUCCUACUUGCUUCAGCAGCAAGAGGGACGGAGGGUGGUAUCAGGUUCGAUAUACUGCCACUUGAUGGUUUGUUUUGUCAAUGCAGAAACAGAUUCUCCUCUUGGGCCUCUUUGAUCACACUCUACAGCCGCAUCCCUGCUCGGGCUGGUCGCCCCAAACUCCCCUGUAUCGGGUUCGACGAUGCUGUCCGCCCUGUGAUCCCUCUGUCGUUCUGUUGAUGGCAUGAUCGGGAUCAGGUGGAGGGGAAGGGUUCCAAGGCGUUGCCACUGCGACAGGAUCGAGACGUUUGACCAGUCAAUUAUGCUACAGAGGGGUUGCUGAUGGGCCCGCGUAUAUCAGACAUCUUCUCGGCUCCUGCUGUAUCUAUCAGCGGUGCUUCAGAGCCGAAGACGAUCUAAAUCAUUGUGCCACUGCAGUCAGUCAACGGUCAACAACCUGACAGUAACGGAUCGAAGGCCACGUCUGGUCGCCAUCAUCAACGUAAUAAGGAAGCUGAUCUCCUGAUCAUCAACAGUACUGUUCAAUACGACUGGAAGCUGCUGUCCUCAGACGAGAUUAUUGUCGAGUCAACUCCAUGGAGCGAUGAUGGCCUGUGAGGUCAAGACUUGAGAGAGAGAGAGAGAGAGAGAGCAUAAAGCGCAAGGAUCUGAAGGAAGUAUUCGUGCGCUUGUGAAUUCUCUUAAACUUGACAGCUACUCACUAGUUUUCUGAUGCACCGUACAUUGCUAUCAGUCUAUCAUCUACCCUUCUUCAUUCCCCACCCUUUUUGUGUGCACGUAGGGGCAUUUGGGGGAGGAAAGUUCUGAUAUGAAUGGAUUCUUGGUGAUGGAAACAGUACUCUGAUGGCGAGGCUAUUUUGCAGCAGAAAGAAAGCUCUCUCACAGCGAUCACUGUUGUGGUCUCAGUGAGCGUGGAAAGAUAGGACGGCUCUACGGCCUAUGCCGUUCCUUUGCCAUGUAGCGUGUCCUCACCUCCGUUGUCUUUGCUCGCAGCUCAUGCCGACGAUACCCUUCCCUGACUGCUUGGCUAUACUCCUCCCUCGAAGAACCUGUUCCGGCCGAGUGUACAAAUAUUCUCUAAUUCCAUCAUGAUUUCAUAUUAAUUUAUGGUCUUAUCUUUACUCUCAGAAAAAAAAAAAAAAAAGUUCUAAGAGUUUAGGAUAUAGAAGUCAGAUUCAGUGGUGUUCGUCAAUUCUGUGGGCUGAUGUAAAUUUCCCUUCCGGCUACCUUACACACAUAGAGAUCCACUUUAUUGGAAUGCUAAGUAUGAGGUCGCAAGCAAGAGAUCCUGGAUGAAGCAUUGGCAGAUCUUGAAGAGUUUUGACUUCACUUGCGCUCUCUUGCCGUCAGCUUCCUAUCUUCCAUAUUGUAUGGCCACCGAGUGCUUUUGCCGUCACUUGCAUGGAGGAGCAUUGAUUGCAUGAUUCGUCGCAUAAGGUGGCUGGCUUUGUAAAUAUAAAGGGGGCGGUAUCCAUGAGGUCUCCAUAUAUUGAAGCGACCCUUUUGACCAUCUCAGGGAACAGCUUGGCCAGUGCUCAUGGAGGCCAAUGGCGUAGGAAAAACAGCAAGAAGGUGCCACAUAUCUCGAGAAGAUAGUGAUGUGAAAUCUGUAGGUGAUUUUGGUGAACUUGAUCCAUGGACAGCUUGGGCAUACAAGCCACGCACAAUAUCUUUACUCCUCAUCGGGACAUGUGUAUUAGUUUGGGCUAGUGGAGCACUUGAUCCUGAAAGCUCAGCAUCAAAUGACAUUGUAACAUCUGUGAAGAGGGGUGUUUGGGCAAUGAUUGCAGUCUUCCUAGCCUAUUUCUUGAUGCAAGCACCUUCAACGGUCCUUAUAAGGCCGCACCCUGCCAUUUGGCGCUUGGUUCAUGGAAUGACUGUGGUGUACCUUGUUGCCCUCACUUUUUUGCUUUUCCAGAAUCGUGAUGAUGCUCGGCAGUUUAUGAAAUAUCUCCACCCUGAUCUAGGAGUUGAACUACCUGAAAGGUCAUAUGGAGCUGAUUGUCGUAUUUAUGUCCCUGAGAAUCCCAAAAGCAGGUUUAUCAACGUUUAUGAGACAUUAUUUGAUGAGUUUGUACUUGCUCAUAUUUUUGGAUGGUGGGGGAAGGCAAUAAUGAUACGUAACCAACCUCUUUUGUGGGUAUUGUCGAUUGGUUUUGAAUUGAUGGAGCUUACUUUUCGUCAUAUGUUGCCGAAUUUCAACGAGUGUUGGUGGGACAGUAUUAUUUUGGACAUCUUAAUCUGCAAUUGGUUUGGUAUCUGGGCAGGAAUGCAUACUGUUAGGUACUUUGAUGGGAAAACAUACGAAUGGGUUGGCAUAAGCCGCCAGCCAAAUAUCAUUGGUAAGGUCAAAAGAACAUUGAGCCAGUUCACACCCGCACGAUGGGACAAAGACGAAUGGCAUCCUUUGCUUGGACCAUGGAGGUUCAUUCAAGUGCUGUGCCUUUGUGUUGUUUUUAUGACUGUGGAGCUGAACACUUUUUUUCUCAAGUUUUGUCUUUGGAUUCCACCUAGAAACCCCUUGAUUGUUUAUAGGUUGGUUCUGUGGUGGCUAAUUGCUAUACCGACCAUCCGUGAGUACAAUACCUACUUGCAAGACAGAAAGCCUGCAAAGAAGGUUGGUGCAUUUUGUUGGCUUUCACUAGCAAUAUGCAUCGUGGAGCUUUUAAUCUGUGUCAAAUUUGGCCAUGGUCUCUUUCCCAAUCCAAUGCCUCCAUGGUUGAUAACUUUCUGGACGACCGUGGGUACAACCCUCAUGAUUUUUCUACUUGUUUGGUCUUGGCAGAUUCAUCAAUCUGUGACGAAAAAGAGGGUAUGAUCACAUAUUAGAUUCUCUGCUACCGGUUUAUUUUGCAUCUGUACAUAUGCCUCACAAUUGUAAAUGGCGUAAUUGUUGCCUAGUCUGGAAACCAGUCGGGCACGUAGAGGAUGUCUUUUUUCAUUUUCCUUGUUUUUGUUUCCGAUUCCUCCGUUAACGUUAUGUCUGCUUUUCUCGACCAUGACCUUUUAUGUAUCCAAUUGAACUAUGAGACGAGUUCAUACCCACAGAAUGAAAUGGAGUCAUCAUUUUAUGACA